AUUCACACUUACAAUCUCAGAUUCACAAUUAGACUCCUGCGUAUGUUGUCCCAUACAUAAUAAUAGUAAUGAUGAGAAGUUUCGUAGGAUUUUUAAAGAAUUAUAUUUACUCAGACAAGUUACAAGAGACUGCUGCGAGGAAUUAAAAGUUGCCCUUUUGCAGAAAGAUGUAGAUAAACCAAAUGAAAAUAAGGCUACAUUUUUAAGUACAUUCCAUUUUCCUUUAAAAUGUAUAGAAGAGUUGAAUGAGGUGGAAGAGUAUCUCCGAGAACCGAAUCGCUUUCUAUCUACUGUAAAAGAAUUAUCCAAGAUAGGAGGAACUACGCCAUAUGAUUUCGUAAAACGAUGUUUGUCGCUUCUGCUCAAAAAUCGAUUUGCUGAACGAUAUAGCUGGCAUGGUGCGAAGAAAAAACAAAUCUUUGGAAAAUUAACUUUGGCAAAUGUAUUAUUAGAAAGUGGUCAAUUAUGCAAAGCAGCAACAAAUAGAAAAGAAAUUGAAGAAGCUAUCAAGGCAUGGUUGAGACGCGCAAAGGAAAGGGCAGAUAAAGAAGAAAAAAUUGUGACGUAAUUCCGAGCAAUAUA